AUGGCUAAAACUCCGUCCUUGGCCUGCUGUUUCUUCCUCUUAUUCUUCUUCUUUAUAUCUUCUUCCUUUGUCGCAUACGCCAUAUCCGAUACAGAAGCUGCCUUCCUCGUGAGGCGACAACUCUUAACAUUACCAGAAAACGGCGAACUCCCUAAUGACAUUGAAUACGAGGUUGAUCUCAAGGCUACAUUUGCCAACACAAGGCUUAAAAAAGCUUACAUUGCUCUCCAAGCUUGGAAAAAAGCAAUAUAUUCAGACCCGUUUAACACCACAGGAAACUGGCAUGGUCCUCACGUGUGUAACUACACUGGUGUGAUAUGUGCACCGGCUCUUGAUGAUUCUAAUGUCACGGUUGUAGCUGGUGUUGACCUCAACGGUGCCGAUAUCGCAGGGCAUUUGCCUGCUGAGCUUGGUUUGAUGACAGAUGUUGCUAUGUUCCAUUUGAAUUCUAACCGGUUUUGCGGUAUCAUCCCUAAUAGUUUUUCGAAACUGAAGCUGAUGCAUGAGUUUGAUGUUAGUAAUAACUGUUUCGUUGGACCUUUCCCGGGUGUCAUACUCACUUGGCCUGAUGUUAAAUAUUUCGACAUUAGGUUCAAUGAUUUUGAAGGUCAAGUCCCUCCUGAGCUUUUCAAGAAAGAACUUGACGCUAUUUUCUUGAACAACAAUAGAUUCACUUCGACUAUUCCUGAAUCUCUCGGAGAAUCUUCGGCCUCGGUUGUGACAUUCGCGAACAAUAAAUUCACCGGAUGUAUUCCCAAGAGUAUUGGAAACAUGAAGAGUCUCAACGAGAUUGUGUUUAUGGACAAUAGUUUGGGUGGUUGUUUCCCAUCUGAGAUCGGAAAGUUAUCAAAUGUGACGGUUUUCGACGCAAGCAAGAACUCGUUCAUCGGGCGGCUACCGAUUAGUUUUGCCGGAUUAACGGGUGUGGAGGAGUUGGAUAUCUCCGGGAAUAAACUCACCGGGUUAUUAGCGGAUUGCAUUUGCAAGUUGCCUAAUUUGGUGAACUUUACCUACUCCUACAAUUACUUCAAUGGACAAGGUGGUUCGUGUGUUCCAGGUGGUAGUCGGAAGGAGAUUGCAUUGGAUGACACACGUAAUUGCUUACCUAAUAGACCUGAACAACGGUCUGCCCAGGAAUGUUCCGUGGUGAUCAACCGUCCGGUUGAUUGUAGUAAGGACAAGUGUGCUGGUGGUGGUUCCUCAACUCCAUCAUUGGUUCCCACUGUACCGGUUCAAAAGCCAUCACCAGUUCCAACUCUGCCGGUUCAGGAACCCUCGCCAGUUCCUAGCCGGCCUGUUUACAAACCACAGCCACCAAAAGAGUCACAGCAACAGGAUGAUCCUUAUGAUCAGUCUCCAGUGAAGAACCGCCGCAGUCCUCCUCCACCAGCUCCAGUAAACUCUCCCUCACUUCCACUUCCAUCACCUCCUCUACCACCACCGGUUCACUCUCCGCAACCUCCUGUGCACUCUCCGCCACCUCCUGUGCACUCUCCGCCACCUCCUGUCCACUCUCCACCACCACCCGUUUAUUCGCCGCCACCGCCUGUCUACUCUCCUCCACCACCAGUCUUUUCACCACCACCUCCAGUGUACUCUCCACCACCACCACCCGUAUAUUCCCCGCCGCCACCAGUGCAAUCUCCACCACCUCCUCCGGUUAACUCACCACCACCACCAGUUCUCUCUCCUCCGCCACCGGCACCAGUUCACUCACCACCACCACCAGCUCCGGUGGAGAAGAAACAGACGCCGGCUGCACAAGCACCAGCUCCCAUGGAAAAUAUAGAGAUGCCGGCUGCAAAUGCUCCAGCUCCGGUGGAGAAGAAACAGACUCCGGCUGCACAAACGCCAGCUCCGGUAGAAAACAUACAUAUGCCGGCUACACAAGCACCAGAUCCAGUGGAAAACAUACCAACACCCUCGGCACAAGCACCAGCUCCGGUGGAAAACAUACCAACGUCCGCGGCACCAGCUCCGGUGGAAAACAUACCAACGCCCUCGGCACAAGCACCAGCUCCGGUGGAAAACAUGCCAACACCCGCGGCACAAGCACCAGAUCCAGUGGAAAACAUACCAACGCCCUCGGCACAAGCACCAGCUCCGGUAGAAAACAUGCCAACGCCCGCUGCACAAGCACCAGCUCCGGUGGAAAACAUACCAACGUCCGCGGCACAAGCACCAGCUUCGGUGGAAAACAUACCAACGCCCUCGGCACAAGCACCAGCUCCGGUGGAAAACAUGCCAACGCCCGCUGCACAAGCACCAGCUCCGGUGGAAAACAUACCAACGCUGGCUACACAAGCACCAGCUCCGGUGGAAAACAUACCAUUGCCCGCUGCACAAGCACCAGCCCCAAGUGAUGAGUUCAUCAUACCACCCUUCAUCGGCCACCAAUAUGCAUCGCCACCACCUCCAAUGUUCCCAGGCUACUAA